UUCUUAGAGUCCAGCGGCAGUCAGCUUAGUUCUCUUUCCGCGUGUCUUGCAAACCAGCGGAUUGGAAGGACUUUUAAAGAUGUGAGAGGAAAGACGUCAAAGCUGAAGAUAGCGUGCUGUAUCACCAAUCUUAUCUCUACCAUGGCCAAAUUUUACUUUGGAUGAUUUUGAGGAUAUUGGGGCAACGGCAGAUGACAGAAAUCAGACUGGAUGGAAAUCGGCAAAUCCAGGAUCUUAUUAUCGGAGACCAUUUGAAAAUACCAGUUUCAGCUUGUCUUUUGGAGGAGAUCCUGAGUGUCACCAAAUCAGCCCUGUCGGAUGAUAGUUCUCUCUGCCAGAUUUAGGGGCAGGUCUUGGACAUUCUGAAUCACCUUUACAUGGAGCACUAUGAUGAUGAUGAUGAUGAUGAUGAUGUGUCUUUUGCCAAAUGGAUGAGCAGCUUCUGGGGUCACAACUGGAUAAAGGAGGAUGAGAGACGACUCCGGGACCAUAAUGGAUCACAAGAUGCCAGUUACAGGCAAACGUCCCUGCCCUGCUCAUUUCCUGGGCCUCCCAGAAUCACAUCAUCUGGCAGCCAUCCUAGAAGGCAUUCUCUUGAGGGCCAGGGAUUUCGAUGCCGCACCCACAUGCGGGAUUAUAGAAAAUGCUUAGAGGAUGGGUCAUUCAAGGAGCCACUGGAAUCAAAGAGAAGAUCCCGUUCCCAAAUUCAGGCAUUUUCAGAGUCCUUUGAACAGCAACUGUGCUUUAGAACCAAACACUCUCUCUCUUUGGGAGCUGAGAGCAGAAAGGAAAGAAAUGAAAGAGAAUGUUCUUGGAUGGAGAUAAGACCCCGCAAGAAAGUGGAGGAAAGAAGGAGCUCUAGAAAGGAAGAACACGGAAUAGCAUACAUGGUCCCCCUCUUUGAAAAAGGGCCCAAAUAAUACUUUGUUUAAACAUCACAACUACAGAAGCUACUGUGUUUUUUUGAGUCCCAGUAUACUAUACCCAGGGGUGGUAGCUGUAAAAGAGUAACUAGAUGCUGAGUGAUAGAAGUGGGUGGUUGGUUCCGCUGCUCCCCAAGAACUCACAUCAUACUCCAACUGCUUCUGGUGUCUUAGUUGAGAGUUUGAUCUGCCUUAUUGACCUUUUAUGGGAAUAAGAAAAAUAAAAGGUAUUUUAAUAGAAUAAAGCAAUUCUUGAAAAUAUAAAGAAAGAUACUUAGAGAACCACCCACACAUCUUUACUAACCCUUCUUCC